UUUGUGUCCGGAGUUGCUCAGAGACCACAUUUGCUUCUUCUGCAAAGCUUGGGAAGAACCAAGAGGGAGAAGAAAGCUUUUAACCCUGGAAUCUGAUACACUCUGCCUAAACCUAAAUAUCUUUUAUUAAGAGAGUAGCUUCUAAAGGAAACGAGGGCGGCUUCUUUUUGAGGGUGAUCACUCCCAUUGAAGAAUCUGGUUGUUAAGGAGCGAUUCUCCAAGGCUCAUUGUAUCAGGCGAGCUACUUUGCCUUGAGAAAGUUGAGCAAAAAUUACUCUUCAGAAUGAUCUCUCAUGGAUAAACCAUAAAAGAGAUAACUAUGGAGGAGGAAUUUUUAGAAUACCUUGUCUGUGUUUCUGAAAAACUACUACUUGAAUAUGGCGAAACUGCUGAUGAAAGAGAUGAAAAGAAACUGAGAAAUCUGGUUAUGGUUAGACUGCAUGCACACUACCUAUAUGAUCUGCGAAGCAUGCCAUAUUGUGUUUCACUCAAAAUAUGUGAUUUGUCUUGUAAUUUCCUUACAAAUAUUGAUGCACUUGAAUAUUGCAUUAAUUUAAUUAAAUUGGAUCUCCAUAAUAAUCAUCUAGAAUUACUUCCUGGUCCAAUGUUUUGGAGAUAUAUGAAGAAUUUACAAUUAUUAUAUCUACAUGACAACGGAAUUUCAACACUGGAAGAUGUGCAUUCAUUAUCUUUUUGCCCUGAUCUUAUCGCACUCACUUUAUAUAACACUCCACUGUGUUUGAAAAUUGCCUAUAGACACAUUGUUGUUAACAGCAUUUUUUCACUCAAGGCACUAGACUACUAUGUCAUUUCUGAUGAAGAAAUAACUGAAGGUUGGAGACUAACUGAAAAAUUCAAACCAUUUACGCUGGACUUUUUUGUUGACUAUUACCCUCUUUCUGGAAAGGAUACUAAUUUUCAGGAAGAAAUGAAAAUAGUAAGAAAUAUAAUUUCCAAGAUCAAUCAUGUUCUAGUUCAUCAUUCACCAAUCUUGAUUAUUCAGAGAUGGAUUAGAGGAUAUUUAAGUAGAAAAACAUGGUGCGUGAGUCCUAUAUCUGAUGUUCUGUGGUAUAACCGUUACACCAGAGGUAGAAAAAAGCAUGUAACUUCUGUGGACAAUAAAACCCCUGUCUCUGAAACUCUUAAGCAAGAACAGCCUACAAUAUACAAGAGAGGUACACCUGCAAUCCAAAUUAUAGACAUGAACAAUCUUAAAGAAUUUCGUUUAACUUUAAGAAAAUUAAAAUAUCCUGUUAUCAGACUGGAAGAAAAGAAAAAGAAGGAAUCAAUGUCAACAAAGAAGGAUUUCACACAGAGAGAGAAAACUGUCAUGAAGAUGGCAAGAAAGUCUACAUUUAAACUUUCAGGAUCUAAAAUGCCUUUUUAUUCACCGAAUGAACAUCGGAAAAUGUACAAAGAGAAAGAGAGAGAAUUUUUUGAUACUGCUCAUGAUAUGCGUAACAUCACACAUCCUGUACCACCAACUUUGCCAAUAUAUGAACCUGGCAGCCUUGAAAAAAGAAUCUUUGCUAAAGCAUAUGGAAAUGUAAGACUUCAGCCUUUAUAUGCCAUUGAACAAGCUUAUUGGCAAAGUCGUAAGUUGGAUCUGCAAGCUAAGAAGGAACGAGAUGUGAUGCGGGUGUUAAUUGCUAACAGCGAAGCUAAAGAAUAUUUACAUCAUUUACGAGAAGAAAAAAUAGACAAUAUUCAGAGGAAUUAUGAAAAGAAAAAGAUGAUGGAUACAGAUCAUGUUAAAAAGUCCAAAGAGGGAAAAUCCAAGCUCAUUGUUAGGAUGAGAAAAAAAUAUAAUACUUUUUUAGAAAAGAAGGAAGGAAAGCUAAUAGAAAACUCAUUCAUUCAGCGCUUUAGCACUCAACAUACUUCUUUGACUAGAGGUUUAUUAAAACUUGAUGGGUGGAGAAGAAACUUGGAACUCCAAAAUGAAAGAAAAAAAGUUCAUAAAGAAAUGAGAAAAGAACAAAAAGAGCGAAAAGAGAUGUAUGAACAUUUUCAGGAGGAAAGAUGCAAUAUAACAAGGAUGAACACAAAGGGAGUAAAAAUGUAGCUGAUUUUUAUAGAUCCGAUUUGGUUUAAAGAUCGACCAGCAAGCUAUGAUGAAUUGUGGUAGUUACCUACGGGAAGUAUUUAAUUCAGAGUCCAUCUGAAGAAUGGAAUUUGAAAGAUCCUUUGCUUUCAGGAGAGAGUAUUUAAAUAAUUGAAAUAUACCUUCUUUUUUUGUCUUUUUCCAGACUGCAACAUU